CGGAGGGUUGCUAUGGAACAGGACGCUCGUCCGCUGCAACCUUCCAGUGUUCUCAAACCGCAACGAGGCUUCAGAAAGUCUAAAGAAACUUUAAAGACGUGUUACUGUAGAUAAAAAAUUUUAUGACAGAUAUAUUGAAAAAUAUUACCCCUUCAGCUCUCAAAUACAGUCGACAGAUCUUUAUAAAUAUAAAGUUAGACACUUCGCACAGAUGAACAGUUUACAGUGUGUUGGAAGGCCCUCAGAGGUUGCAUCCAAAGUCAGUGAAAAGGAAGUUGAACCCUUAAAACCAGUGAUUGGCAGCUCAGCAGAUCCAGCGGCAAAAGAAUCAGUGGAAUGGAAACCAAAGCAACAGAAACCAAAACCCAGUGGAAAGACAGAAGGACAGGGACCCUCUAUAAACUCUGAGACAAAUAUGAAACUCAAAACUCCAAGAACCAUGAGGCAACAGAAAGCAAAACCUGGUGAAAAAACAGAGGGGAAUCCUUCCUUGAACUCUGAAACAUCAGAUACCACACUCAAAGUACACAGUUCCAAGAGCAGCAGAGGGUAUAAUGCCUCUAAAGCUCCGUCUUUCAGAAAUGUAACCACGCUUGGACAUAAACUACCUAAACAGGUUCCCCCUAUUAUGACAGCAUUAGAAAAACAAGGAGAAUGUGAUGUCCAGUCAGAAAGUGUGCAUGAACUCCAUAUCCAGGCCCCUCAAGUAGUGCUCUCUGCAAAUGACCAGGAUCCUCAUGAGGCACAGAGUGAAGAGGAUGAUAAUGAGAGUGCUGAAGGACACGUGCCGCUAGAACUGUUUGCAGAGUUUCUGCAGGCCGUGAUGACAAAGAAUUACCAACUUGCGAAGAAACUCUGUCAAAUGAUUUUAAUUUAUGAGCCCCAGAACUCAGAGGCCAAGAGCUUCCUGCCUCUCAUUGAAGAAAAAUUACUGAUAGAAGCGGAUGAGGAAUCAGAUGAUGAUGAUGAAUAUGACACAUCUGAUGAUGAUGAUGAUGUUGAAGAUGACGAUGAGUCCUCAUAUGAUGAAUCCUCUGACACAGAUGAAGAGUCCACUGACAGCACAGAUGAUACAUUAUCAUCUUCAUCAUAAAUAAACAACAAACAAAGAGUCUAGCAGAUCUAUAGUGGUCCUAAUCACAUACAGUAUUGUUUUAGUAUUAAUAUAUCUAAUGCUCAUAAACAAUGUGUGUCAUGUUUAGCAUAUCAUGUAUGCACAGUCUAAUACUGACUGGACUUUAAAUCAUAUUCUGCGUGAAUUGUAAUCUAUAUGUGUCCUAAGACAAUAAAGUAGCUAUUUCCUACUUCACU